UGGUGGAUCCCGUUCCUGAGAAUGCAGAAGAGGGGCGUCCUGCCGUCCUGCACGGGGGGGUCCUGGAGCCCCGACCGCGAGACCGGCCUGUACGGACGGCCACUGCUCAGCGUCUGCGGCCACGACCGGAGGCUUCCCAGGCCAAUCAGAGAAGUGCUGGCAGAGCUGUGGAGCAGGGCCCCUGCCACGGAGGGCGUGUUCCGGAAGCCCGGGAACGCCAAGCGCCUGUCCGAGAUCAAAGCCCGGCUGGACGCCGGAGAGGACCUGGACGCGGAGGCCCAGCCGGUCCUCCUGCUCGCCGCUCUCCUGAAGGACUUCCUGAGGCAGCUCCCAGACGGCCUGCUGGGGGCGCUGCUGUACCCGGCCUGGAUGAGCGCCAUGGAGAAGGAGGAGGCCCAAAGAUGCUCGGAGCUGAGACAGGUAUCUGAUAGGUUGCCCAAAGCCAAUGUGCACCUGCUGCAGUUCCUCCUGCUGGUUCUGCGACACAUCAGCCGAAGCGCCGACGCCAACAAGAUGGACGCCAGGAACCUGGCUGUCUGCAUCUCGCCCAACCUGCUCCCCGUUGAGCCCCUGUCCCUGGACAAGGUGGAGAAGGUCGCGGCCCUGACGCAGUUCCUCAUCGAGAACUGCGGCGAAAUUUUCGGCGACGGCCCGCAGACUCUUGCCGGGGACCCUGCCGAGGAGGACCGGCUCGCUGACAGCACAGACUCCCUAUCGUCACAUGGGCAGGACUCGGCCUAUGACAGCGCAGACCCGGAGGCGGAAGCGGACCCGGCGGCAGACAGACCGCCGUCCCCCGCGGCCGCGCAGGAGAUGGCGGUGGCCACGCCUUCUCGCCGGCCCUCCUGCGGCGCGUCCCGCCGUCCGGGCCGGCCCGUGUGCCGCCGGCGCUCGGAGCCCGCCAAGCAGGCGCCAUCUCCUUCCUGCCGCCAUCUCCCCCAGCGCCUGGAACCCGCCAUGCUCCACUCGGCCAGCAUGGACACGCUGCUGACGUUCGCCCAGGGCGACGAGGGGGUCCAGCCGCUCGCCAAGCAGGCCUCAUACGACUCCUUCCUGUGUCCACCUGGGGGUCAGUAA